AAAUGACUUCAUAUGGUGACAUUCAAUAUCAAUUGAGUCAUCGUGCUUUACGUUUCAAUUGAUUUAGCAGUAACUGGUUCAUUAUCUUCGGUAAUAACAUUCAUUUAAGAUAUGUACCUAGUUCGGCGAAAACAAAAAAUUAAAGCGAAAUACUACUCGGAACGCAUAUCAAAAAGCGAUCUAUUAUUUGCUUUUUUACUCAGUUUGAGUUCACAUUCUGCUUCGUUAACAGAACAGCAGCAGCAGUGCUUGAAUAAACGUUUAACUCGCGUGUUUCGGAAAUUCAAAAAUUCCAGUUUUAUAAUUUAGCGAUAGCGCGUCUGUGUUGAAAUAAAUUAAAUAACAAAUUCUCUUAUCAUUACAAUGAAAACAUUCUACGAAUUACUCAUCGUUCUAUCAAUAACAUCAUCGUUGGUCGACUCAAAAAUGUAUCUCUCGUGUGAGCUUGCGAAAGAAUUUGCUAAAAAUGACAUGGAACGACAUUUAAUUCCACAUUGGAUUUGUUUAGUUCAGGCGGAAAGUCAAGGUAACACGAGUAAGAUGGUUGAAAUGCCAAAUUUGACCGCAAACUACGGAAUUUUCCAGAUCAACAGCAAAGAUUGGUGCGGUAAAGAUAAAAAAGGUGGAAAUUGUAACAUCAAAUGCUCAGAUCUUCUUAACGACGACAUCAAAGACGACAUCAAAUGUGCGAAAGAGGUCUUCAAUCGAAACGGUUUAAAUGGCUGGAAAGGGGUUUGUCUGAUUGAAGCUGAAUCAGGUGGCGAUUCAUCAAAAGUUACAGAAUUUCCCAACCUAAGCACAAGUUAUGGAAUCUUUCAAAUAAAUAGUAAGGAAUGGUGUCGAAAGGGUCGUCGAGGUGGUGAAUGUGGUGCAAGAUGCGAAGAUUUCUUAACGGAAGAUAUUAAGCUUGAUAUCAAAUGUGCCAAAGUUAUUUAUGAUCGACAUGGUUUCAAACAUUGGAAGGGUUGGUUGAACCGUUGCAAGCAAAGACCAUUACCUGAUGUCUCAAAAUGUUCGUAUUCCACCUACUCAUGAAUUCAAUACAAAAAAUAUUUUAUUGAAAGGGCUCGUAAGUCGUUUAGAAGGAAUUGUAAUCUUUUCUUUCAUCUUUAUUGCAUGUUUUCCAACUUAUUAUGAAUCUUCUUCUUGGCAUAAUCUUUUCAACAAUUAAAUUCGUCUAUGAAAUAAGUCGACGUAAGACACCAAAUAAUAUUAGCGAGCUUAAUUCACCUUCAAAAUUAGUUUUUCAUUCUUUAUUCUGAUUUCAUUCAUAUUCGCAUUUGUCUCUUUUGUCUUUCACACCGCAACAAUCAAAUUAACUUGGCAUUAAAAGUUGUUAUUCUUAUUUCUUUUUCCAUUAAGGCUUUGAGAAGCAUUGAAAGAUAUAAACCCACGCAUGAUUCGAUUCUUGGCUAUACCAGCUAGCUUGCUGCUUGUUUUUAUAAUAAAAUCUCUACUUGAUUUUUAUUCCUCGUGUAGUUUUUUUUAUGCGAAACAAAAACUUAUUUUAUUUUAACAAAAUCAUUCACAAAUUUUUUAUGAAUGUAAUUUUUUUUCCUUGUUUAAUGUUUUCAUAUUUAUUGGCGAUUAUUCUUUGUACUCUUAACUGAGAUUAAUGAAAACUGUUAAUAAAUAAUCAAAGUAAGAAAUAUUGACUUAUCAAGCUUUGGGUAUAUGUUACGCCA